AUGAGAGCAAGAGACCUUGCCCAAGAUUUCGGUUCUUUAAGAAGCAAGCAUUUUGACAGCACUGAAAGCUACUUGAAGGCAAAACAUGACUAUUUAAGUGGUUGCUUUGGAUCUUAUGGUAAGGAUUCUUAUUCAGAGCAUCCAAUUCAUAUUGAUUAUGGUUUUAAUGUUCAUAUUGGCAGCAGCUUCUACAGUAAUUUUAAUUUAACGCUUCUUGACUGUGCGCUUAUAAAAAUUGGCGAUAGAGUCCUUUUCGGACCAAAUGUAUCGCUUAUCACCGCCACUCAUCCAUCUGAUCCAACAUUACGAGGAGCCGAAGUUGAAAGUGCAUUGCCCAUAACAAUAGGCGAUAACGUAUGGCUUUCUUCAAAUGUGACUGUUCUCCCUGGAGUUACCAUAGGCAGUGGUUCCGUUAUAGGAGCCGGAAGCGUCAUAAACAAAAAUAUUCCUCCAAACUCAGUUGUUGUCGGUAUUCCUGGUAAAGUAGUCAAAGUCUUGAAAGAAGAGGAACAUGGCCUUGAUGUUACAUCAUUACUUGAAAAGAGAGGAUUGAUUUAG